AUGCUCGUCCAAUUGUCCAGAGCUACCCGCGCCGUUUCGGCUGUCACUCGGCUGGCGAGGCCCAGCGCCGUCCAGAUGAGGGGAUUCAUUGCCCCCACGGUCUCGCGGAGAGCCGACUUCGUCCAGGAGCUCUACCUCAAGGAGCUCAAGGCCUACAAGCCUGCCGCCGUCAAGGACUCCGAUGCUCAGGGCCAGGUCCAGACCUUCUCCGUCCCCCAGACCCCCAAGUCCCCCGAGGAGACCGACCUCGCCGCCAGCCUGAAGGAGUACGAGAGCAUGGCCGUCGAGGUUGAGGGCCAGGACGCCGCCGUCGCCGCUGGCGGCCAGCCCGUCCAGCACGACUGGCUCAUGAUCGAGGCGGACGAGGAGGAGCCUCACCACUAG